GGCGUGUCGCCGUGACGUCAUCUUGCGUCGUCUGGACUUGUCUCCAGUCGCCUGCUCCGUCACUAGUUCGAAACGCGCACUUCUCACUGCAAGCUGCGAUACGCAGUUCUGACGUAGCCCAAAUAGAACAGGGUGUGUCGCGAAUUGGCCUCAGCCGAAGGCCGCGACUUGCCGGCGAAAUGUGCGGAAGGACUGCGUGUACUCUGGCCCCGGAUGAGGUGAGCCGAGCCUGCUCGUACAGAAACCGGCGCGGGCAGCGGAGGCAGCCUGGCUGGAGGGAGGGAGACGCGGACAAAUACCGACCGUCCUACAACAAGACCCCGCAGUCCACGAGCCCCGUGCUGCUCUCCCGCAGGCACUUGGACGAGAAUGCGCCCGUGGACGAGUGUGUUUUGGCUUCCAUGCGUUGGGGCCUGGUCCCUUCCUGGUUUAAGGAGACGGACCCGAGCAAGAUGCAGUACAGCACCAGCAACUGUCGCAGUGAGAACAUCCUGCAGAAAAAGACGUACAGGGAGCCUCUGCUGAAAGGACAACGCUGCGUCAUCCUCGCUGAUGGCUUCUAUGAGUGGAGGAGGCAGGAGAAAGAAAAGCAGCCGUUUUUCAUCUACUUCCCUCAGGCCCACAGCUGCCACGCGGAGAAACGAGAUCCCGUCAAUGAGUCGGCACAGGCAGGACAACCGUCAGAUGAGUGGACAGGCUGGCGGUUGUUGACCAUUGCAGGACUAUUUGACCGCUGGACAGCUCCAUCUGGUGGAGAGCCCCUCUAUAGCUACAGCGUCAUCACUGUGAACGCUUCCCCCAGCCUCCACAGCAUCCACGACAGGAUGCCGGCCGUCUUGGCCGGAGAAGAGGAAGUGAGGAGAUGGCUCGAUUUUGGGGAGGUGAAAUCUGGGGAUGCUCUGAAACUGCUCCAGUCAGAAGACAAAUUGACUUAUCAUCCCGUCUCGUCGCUUGUCAAUAAUUCUCGCAACAACUCUCCUGAAUGCCUUUAGCCUGUGGACCUGAACCAGAAAAAGGAGGCCGAACCGAGCGCCAGCGGCAAGAUGAUGAUGAGCUGGCUGGCGAGCGGCUCUACCAAGAGGAAGGACCCGGAGGCUCGCGACGCUCAGCAGACCGACGCAGACAAAAAAGACACUCCCCGCAUGUCGACGGGACUCCAGCGAUGGCUGCAGGGGCCCAAUAAAAAAACAAAAACCCAGUAAGGUCAACGUUUGUUAUUCUCCGUUUCAGCUUUCUCGUCGUCGUCACAUGUGAGCAUCUGCGCCUUCGGUGGUUUCACGUUCCAAUGGAAUUUCAUCAAUAAAUGCCUUGCUGAAUUGGA